AUGUUAGUAUCACCCGAAAAUUUUGGAAUAGUAGAACCAGGAAUAUACAGAUGUUCAAAAUUGGAAAUUGAGAAUUUUCAAUUCUUGGAAACAUUAUCAUUAAAAUCAAUCAUAUCACUAGAUGCAGAAAAACCACCAAGAUUAUUAACCAAUUUCUUAGAAUCUCAUAAGAUCGAAUUAUAUAAUUUAGGAGAUUUAAAGAUAUCAAAUCAUCAACAUACUGGUAUAAGUUCCAAAAUUGAUUUGGAAGAUUAUGAUAAUUAUGAAAACAAGAGAAUUGAUGAUUUAAAUUCUACAAGUUCUAAAAGUUCUACUACUUCUGCUAAGGAUUCAGUUGUUCCAAAAUUUAUAAGCUUAAAGAAUAAAGAUAGUAAAAGUAAUGGUGAUCAAUGGAUGUUGAUCGAAAAAAACAUAAUCAUAAAAACAUUUGAAUUAAUUUUUAAUAACAAGAAACAUCCAAUUUUAUUAAUCGAUUCAACAUCAACAAUAGUCGGAAUACUAAGAAAAAUACAGAAGUGGAAUUUCAAUUCAAUUCUAAAUGAGUACAGAAUAUUUAAUGGUACAAAUAACAAGAACAACUAUUUUGCUGAAACGUUUCUAGAAUUAAUAUCAAUUGAACUAAUACCCAAUGAAUCCAAAAAGAAUAAAAGUCCUUUUGGAAGUAGAAGAAAUUCAAUGAAAAACCUAAAUAAUGCAUCAUCAAGAUCUAUAUCUGGUCCAUCUCAAUUACAACAACUAAUGAAAAGUCCCCUCAUUGAUAAUGAUUCAAAAUUUGAUAAAUUGGACUCAAAUGAGAUAAAUAUGAAAAUUGAACAACCAGAAGAUGAAGACCCAACAGCAGGGGACACAGAGAUGGACGAAGACGAGGGAUUUGGAGACGAUGAUGAAGAGUUUGAGAAUAACCAAGCAAUAGAUGAUUACGAUAGUAUGGAUGACAUUGAUGAUUUAGAUGAUGAUUUAGACGAUGAUCUUUUGUCAGCAUCACCACAAAUUCCAGCAAAUUUAUUGAAAUUUGUUGAACAAAAAAAACAAGACAAACAACAGCAAUUACAACAACAAGAUAAUUCAAACCCUAAUUCACGAAAUAAUUCUAUAGAUGCUUCCACCAGCAAUACAAAUUUAAUACCAACAUCUCCUAAAUUAAUUAUUGGACAAAUUUCAAAUAAAGGUAAUAGUGGACCUCCUAGUAGGAAUAAUAGUUUCAAUACUCCUGACUCAUAUCUAAAUCUAGUGAGAGGAAUGGAUAGAAGAAAAUCGUCAGGCGAUAUUAUGAAGAACAACCUAAAAUUUAGAAACUCAAGCGUUGGUUCAAACCAACAACAGCUACAAAAAUUAUCUUUGGAAAGUACAUCACCAAGUUCCAAAAGAAAAAACUCGAGCUCAAGAAGAGCAUCAACUACCCAAAAUGAUGAACAGCAACAAAAACCUACUGAUUUUAAGUAUUACAAAAAUCUAAACAAAUAUCCUAUAAAAUUUGAAAAUGUCAGCACAAUCAAAUUAAAAUUACCACCUGAAUAUAGAUUGCCCGAAUGGUUUAUCAGAAAUAGAGAUAUUUGGGAAAAAUCUUACAAAGUAUUAAAUCAAAAUAGUUUAAUGUCAUCGGGCAAAGAUAAAUCAUUUGAUUCAUUUUCAUCAACUUCGUCGUAUACUUCAUUGUCAUCUAUAUAG